GGGUUCUGGGCUUCUUUAUGACAAAUCGAUUAUCAAGUGUUUGUUUCCAUGACUCUGUCGGUAUCACCAAAGGUGUAGUAACCGUUCCAACAGUUCUCGCUCGGGGUGUCGCGAUAGAAAGUCAAUAAAAAUACUUGAACAUUCUUCCACCGCUAGUUCUACAUUCCGUUGCAUUGUGCUGGUCGUGUGUCCUUUUGCGAAUUCUCUCGGUUUGCCCAUUAGCUGGAACUGUGUCAUUUUGGGGUGAAUUUAUUGUGCAGUUAAUAAAGCAACCGAACGUAAUUUACAAAGAUGAGCAAAACGGCUGUCGCCAUCCUUGGAGGGGACGACGAAUUGCUUCAAAGUUUCGUACGUGUAGGCUUGCAGGAAGGCGAAGAUCAGCAUCACCAUCACCAGUCUCAACAGUCGAGCCAUGCCACAGGCGGAAGUUCCGGUGGGGGCGGUGGCUCGCACCAGCCAAGCUCUACGCCGCAUCAGUUGCAGCAACCGAAAAUCGAAACCCACCUGGUGCGACAAUAUUCGGACCACUUUUCCGAGGUCAGCGAUAAGAACGCAACACGGAAGUACAGGGAUCUUUUCAAUGAGCCGAUCGACAUGAAAAAACGACGUUACUUUGAUGAGGUGUACACUGACAAAGAUCGAGCUGCUGCAGUUAGCAUAGGUAACUUUGACAUCAAGCAAAACCUGCUUAAUAAACGUCGUCAGGAGCGCCAUGAGCAGCUACAACUUCCGGAGGAAGCCGAUCCGGGAGCCAUUCUGGCCCUAGGAAUGCGUGAGAUCAAAAACCGUAACCUGGACAACGCUGUUCAUUUUAUAUCCAAGGCUCUGGAAAUGAACACCAAUGAUCAGAGUGCAUUGGUGGCCAGGAGUAAAUGCUAUCUGCAGUUAGGCGAGCCAGCUAAGGCUUUGCAGGAUGCCGAGACUGCACUGUUGCUAGACAAAACAAAUAUUAGAGCAAUUUAUCAGAAAGCUGAAGCACUAUACUACUUGGGACAGUUUGAACACAGUCUCAUGUUUUUCCAUCGUGGUUUGAGAUUGAGACCAGAGCUUGCCAGUUUUCGUUUGGGUGUUCAAAAGACACAGGAAGCAAUCGAAAACACCAUCGGCAGCAAUGCCAAGAAUCAGCCACCCCAGAAGAAAGCACCCAAAGUGGAUAAGCCAAAAUCGGCCAAGAAGCCUCCGCUGACUAGGGAGGAGCUGGAUAAGCGGGCAGCCCGCCGUCUGCUGGGCGAUCUGUACGUGGACAAAGAAUAUCUGGAGAACUUGCUGAAGCAUCCGGAUCUCAAGAAAGCAGAUACCAACACCGAAGGCGUUUCGGAAUUUGCAAAAGAUGCUAUCAAUUUCUUGAACAACAGGCAGGAGUUUUGGCGCCAACAGAAACCGUGCACAAGUUUGAAUUCAAAGAAGCUCAAUGGCAAUAAUGGCGCGAUGCCACGAUGGUAGAAACAAGUUAAUGUAAUAUGUAGUUCAAAGAGAGUUCAAUAAUUGUUCAAUAGAAAUGAAAAUGUUUGAUAUUAGUACAUUCAUUUCGGAUUACUUCAGUCCGUGUUGAGUUUACUGAAAGGAAUAAAUUAAAAUUGUCUAAAAUCUGCAAAUUAAAAGAAAAAAUCAUGUUUAUCAAUAAUGAGGUAUCAGAUAUUACAUUAUUUGUUUCUACUGAUUAAAAUAACUAUGAAAUGUCCAGAUGUAUCAGUUUGAAGCCGAAUAUUCAUCGAAAACUAAUUACAAAAAUUAUUAAGUUUACUGUACGUAUAACUAUGAA